CGUACAAGCUACCGAACGAUGAAGACAAGAGGGCGGAACUUGACUCGAUCAACGACAGCCAAAGUUUGCGCUCCGGCAGCAACAAUGGGAGCGAGGGAGGGGAUGGCGGUUUCACUGCAAACACUCCGUCGAAUGUCGUCCCGGAUUCUCGCUAUGAGGACAUUGUCACAAGGACAGCGGAGGAAGGAAACACUGCGUCGGCGUCUGCCGGCGAGUCGAGGGCAGCAGCAGCAACAUCGUUCAAGCUCCCUCGUCAAUCGGCGGCCGCGUCCCAGGGCGAUUUCCUUCGCUCGCCGUCGAAGAAGCCUUGUCCGUCCGACUCAUAUGACUCCAAGUAACUGCUAUUUGUCCUCUCGAUUCACCCGUGUUUCCGAGGUUGCUAAGCUACAAACCACACCGUCCUAUAUUUAGGUAUUCUAUGCAUGUCAAGUCUUCGAUUUCGAUGUACCCCGUCCGAUAAACCCACUGACCAGGACUGCUGAGCGUGGACGACGCUUGAAUAACUCGCACUCUUUCGCUUUCGACACGGCGCCGGAACACGCGUCCAUGCCCUGGGCAACCGCAGGCAUCUUCUGUCUGAGGGGGAAGAGUUAAGCAACGAAGGAUUGGACCACAAGUGUCUCAACCAAUGUUAUGUCACUUUUCUAUUCUGAGACGCAAAGACUACAUAGCUCGCUCCGUAAAUCAGCCAAGACUGGAUGGGUGGAUGAGGCACGCUCUCGUCACCCCAGGUGAUUGGGUGAGAUUCACCACAGUCGAAGUUUGC